CCCAAAACCAACAUGUCUGCCGGCGUCAACGUCCAGUGAACAAAACAAGACGAUGGCAGACGGCGGAGUGGACGAGCUCUCCCAGCUCGAGUAUCUGUCCCUGGUGUCAAAGGUCUGCACCGAGCUGGACAACCACCUGGGCAUCAGCGACAAGGAUUUAGCGGAGUUCGUUAUCAGUCUCGCUGAGAAGCAGCCGAGCUUCGACGGGUUCAAGUCGCUGCUGGUGCAGAAUGGAGCCGAGUUCACCGACUCCCUGAUCAGCAACCUGCUCAGGCUCAUCCAGACCAUGAGACCCCCGUCCAAAGCCUCCAGCAGUAAAGCCCCUGAAGCUUCCACCAAGCCCAAGACGGAGAAGGACCGGCUGAAGGAGCUGUUUCCUGCCCUGUGCAGGGCCAACGACCCCGAGCCGAAGAAGCUGCUGGAUGAGGACGAUGUGAAGGUGGCGGCUGACGCCAUGAAGGAGCUGGAGAUGUUCCUGCCCAGCGUCAGCAGCAGCGAGUCCAAACCCAGCCGGAGCCGAUCAGACAGGACCAGACACCGCAGCCGGAGUCGCAGCAGGAGCAGGGACCGACACAGAGACCGGGACCGGGACCGGAAGAGACGGCACCGGUCCAGAUCACGGUCCAGGUCCAGGUCCCGCUCCAGAGACCGCGAUCGGCACAGAGAACGAGGCAAGCGGCGGGAGAAGAGCAGCCGCUGGUCCGACCGAACGCCGAGUCCCCGGAAGGAGCAGGACCGGGACUCGGACCGCUGGAAGGACAAACACGUGGACCGGCCGCCGCCCGAGGAGCCGUCGGUCGGGGACAUCUACAACGGGAAGGUGACCAGCAUCAUGCAGUUCGGCUGCUUCGUCCAGCUGGAGGGACUCAGGAAGCGGUGGGAGGGGCUAGUGCACAUCUCGGAGCUGCGCCGAGAAGGCCGAGUGGCCAACGUGGCCGACGUCGUCAGCAAGGGUCAGAGGGUGAAGGUCAAAGUGCUGUCCUUCACCGGGUCGAAGACCAGCCUCAGCAUGAAGGACGUGGACCAAGAGACGGGAGAGGACCUGAAUCCCAACCGGAGGAGGAACGUGGGCCCGGACGGAGGAGAGGAGGUCGCCAUGAGGAACCCGGACCGGCCCAGCAACCUGAACCUGGGCCACGCCCCCGAGCUGGAGCAGGACGACACGCUGGAGCGCAAGAGGCUCACCAAGAUCUCCGACCCGGAGAAGUGGGAGAUCAAACAGAUGAUCGCCGCCAAUGUUCUGUCCAAAGAAGAGUUCCCAGAUUUCGACGACGAGACGGGAAUUCUUCCCAAAGUGGACGAUGAAGAAGAUGAAGACCUGGAGAUCGAGCUGGUGGAGGAGGAGCCGCCGUUCCUGAGAGGACACACCAAGCAGAGCAUGGACAUGAGCCCCGUGAAGAUCGUCAAGAACCCGGACGGCUCGCUGUCGCAGGCCGCCAUGAUGCAGAGCGCGCUGGCGAAGGAGCGGCGCGAGCUGAAGCAGGCGGCGCGCGAGGCGGAGAUGGACUCCAUCCCCAUGGGGCUCAACAAGCACUGGGUGGACCCGCUGCCGGACGCCGACGGGAGGCAGAUCGCCGCCAACAUGCGCGGCAUCGGCAUGAUGCCCAACGACAUCCCCGAGUGGAAGAAGCACGCCUUCGGCGGGAACAAGGCGUCGUACGGCAAGAAGACGCAGCUGUCCAUCCUGGAGCAGAGGGAGAGUCUGCCCAUCUACAAGCUGAAGGAGCAGCUCAUCCAGGCCGUCCACGACAACCAGAUCCUGAUCGUCAUCGGGGAGACGGGCUCCGGGAAAACCACCCAGAUCACCCAGUACCUGGCCGAGGCCGGCUACACCACCCGGGGCAAGAUCGGCUGCACCCAGCCGCGCCGCGUCGCCGCCAUGUCCGUGGCCAAGCGGGUGUCGGAGGAGUACGGCUGCUGCCUGGGUCAAGAGGUGGGCUACACCAUCCGGUUCGAGGACUGCACCAGUCCAGAGACGGUCAUCAAGUACAUGACGGACGGGAUGCUGCUGCGGGAGUGCCUGAUCGACUCGGAGCUGGGCCAGUACGCCAUCAUCAUGCUGGACGAGGCGCACGAGAGAACCAUCCACACCGACGUGCUGUUCGGCCUGCUCAAGAAGACCGUCCAGAAGCGCACGGACAUGAAGCUGAUCGUCACCUCGGCCACGCUGGACGCCGUCAAGUUCUCGCAGUACUUCUACGAGGCGCCCAUCUUCACCAUCCCGGGCCGGACCUACCCGGUGGAGGUCCUCUACACCAAGGAGCCCGAGACGGACUACCUGGACGCCAGCCUCAUCACCGUCAUGCAGAUCCACCUGACGGAGCCUCCCGGCGACAUCCUGGUGUUCCUGACGGGCCAGGAGGAGAUCGACACGGCGUGCGAGAUCCUGUACGAGCGGAUGAAGUCGCUGGGCCCCGACGUGCCGGAGCUCAUCAUCCUGCCGGUCUACUCGGCGCUGCCCAGCGAGAUGCAGACCCGGAUCUUCGACCCGGCUCCUCCGGGCAGCAGGAAGGUCGUCAUCGCCACCAACAUCGCGGAGACGUCCCUGACCAUCGACGGGAUCUACUACGUGGUGGACCCGGGCUUCGUCAAGCAGAAGGUCUACAACUCCAAGACCGGCAUCGACCAGCUGGUGGUGACCCCCAUCUCUCAGGCCCAGGCCAAGCAGAGGGCGGGCCGAGCCGGCAGGACCGGCCCCGGGAAGUGUUACCGUCUGUACACCGAGCGGGCGUACCGCGACGAGAUGCUCACCACCAACGUGCCCGAGAUCCAGAGGACCAACCUGGCCAGCACCGUGCUGUCCCUGAAGGCGAUGGGCAUCAACGACCUGCUGUCCUUCGACUUCAUGGACGCCCCGCCCAUGGAGACGCUGAUCACCGCCAUGGAGCAGCUGUACACCCUGGGGGCGCUGGACGACGAGGGCCUGCUGACCCGGCUGGGCCGGAGGAUGGCCGAGUUCCCCCUGGAGCCCAUGCUGUGCAAGAUGCUGAUCAUGUCGGUGCACCUGGGCUGCAGCGAGGAGAUGCUGACCAUCGUGUCCAUGCUGUCGGUGCAGAACGUCUUCUACCGGCCCAAGGACAAGCAGGCGCUGGCAGACCAGAAGAAGGCCAAGUUCCACCAGCCGGAGGGCGACCACCUGACGCUGCUGGCCGUCUACAACUCCUGGAAGAACAACAAGUUCUCCAACCCCUGGUGCUACGAGAACUUCAUCCAGGCGCGCUCGCUGCGCCGCGCGCAGGACAUCCGCAAGCAGAUGCUGGGCAUCAUGGACCGGCACAAGCUGGACGUGGUGUCCUGCGGUAAAGCCACGGUCCGGGUCCAGAAGGCCAUCUGCAGCGGCUUCUUCAGGAACGCGGCCAAGAAGGACCCUCAGGAGGGCUACAGGACCCUGAUCGACCAGCAGGUGGUGUACAUCCACCCGUCCAGCGCCCUCUUCAACCGCCAGCCCGAGUGGGUGGUGUACCACGAGCUGGUCCUCACCACGAAGGAGUACAUGAGGGAGGUGACGACCAUCGACCCCCGCUGGCUGGUGGAGUUCGCUCCGGCCUUCUUCAAGGUGUCGGAUCCGACUCGCCUCAGCAAGCAGAAGAAGCAGCAGCGCCUGGAGCCGCUGUACAACCGCUACGAGGAGCCCAACGCCUGGAGGAUCUCCCGGGCCUUCAGGCGCCGCUGAGCCCGGGGCCGGGGCCCGAUCCGGGCCGGGUCCGGGCGUCGAGGAGGGUCCAGGUCUACAGAACUGAAAAGGUUUUAUUGAGAGUUACUUUCAUAGGUUUUGUACAAUAACAAACGUUCAGUGUAAGAAUGGAAAUGUCAAUAAAUGGGAUCUUUUA